AUGCCAACCGCCUCCACACUCUCCGGCUACACAUUCUCUAACUGGGGUCCACUCACAACAACCUUCACUGCUCCAACCAGUUGCGCAACAGUCACCAGAAAUGUAGGAGCUGGGCAAUCAGCCUCGUUCCCGCUCUACUACUUUGGAGAAGAAUGUUCAUCUGUGUAUGACUGGUCGUGUGCGCCAACAGGGACAAUCACCUCCCUACCGCCACGAUAUACAUCUCCGGAUUUAACCCCGCAGAGCGAGAUGCAGGGGAGUUAUUUCUCACCAGGCCUGUACUGUCCUUCUGGAUGGGCAACGGUAGGACUGGCAUCGAGAGAUGGCGACAAGCCAGUGACCUCCUCCGGCGCGGUCAGUCCGAUAGGACCAGUACCCACGCACUUCACUUUCCCCUUUAGAAAUAAUCGGGCAAAUGUGUUUAUGCAAAUGCUAGAACCUAAUGAAACAGCCGUGUGGUGCUGUCCAAGUUCGAUGACCGCAAACACUUUAGUGGGGUGCUAUUCAACACUUCCUGACUACGAAAUCAGCACAGUUUGUAGCAUGGUCAUGCCGCGUAACAACGUUGUUACAGAGUCUGCUACAGUGCUCUUGGACGGCACCAUGGUGAGCGGACCAAUGGUGUCAAUCACUGGAACCCAUCUGAUCUCCACCACACGUUAUAAUGUUACUGAUUCUUAUGAAUUGGUCGGUCUUACCGUUGCGCCUUUUGUUACGAUCGUGCAUCAGUCAGGGGAUCUACCUGCCUCGAUGACUGUGCAUCAGUCAAGCGAUCUACCCACCUCGACAUCUACGGCUGCAGUGAAGACAAACGGUGUGUCUUCAAACAAGGGUAGAUUCGGUGGUGUUCUUCUAGUAUGGAUGACCGCCAUGACAGUGGGAGUGGUAGAAGUCAUGCUCCGGUGA